GCUUAGUCAAGAAGAAGAUUCUGAUCUUCAAGCUGUAACCCAGUUUUUACAACCAUUUUAUGAAAUUACAAAUAUACUUUCUGGUAGUACAUAUAUAACAUUGGGCCUUUCCGCUUUAUUAAUGGAUGAUAUAAUUGAUGUUAUUUCAUCAUAUAUUCAAGAUUCAUCAAGUUUCCAAUUUCUUAAAACUGCUGCAAUACAAAUGAUAGAAAAACUUAAUCAAUAUAUAGAUUAUAUCUAUGACAAAGCAGCUUUUAUAGCUUCAAUUCUUGACUCCCGAAUAAAACUUGAAUUAAUACCAGUUAAUAUGAACACACCAGAAAAUCAGAAUUAUUUUAGUCAGAUUUUUCAGGAGUAUUCAGAUCCAACAGAUGAACUUACCAAGUAUUUGAAUGAGGCUACUUUACCAAUAAAUAUUAAUCCUUUGGAAUGGUGGAAACUUAACAGUUUUCAUUUUCCGGUUAUGUCACAAAUGGUCAAAGAUUUUUUUGCAAUCCAGGCGACAUCAGUGCCUUCUGAACAAAUAUUCUCGAAGGCAGGUGACACUAUCUGGGCUAAAUAUGCGCGUUUUUCUGAAAAAAGCGUACAAUCAUUGAUGUAUACUAGCUCAUGGUUGGAACACGGCAUUAAAUUUCAUAAGGAUUGA